AUGAAGCUGAAGCGAUUUCUGCUGCGGUAUUACCCGCCAGGGAUCAUGCUUGAAUACGAGCUUCGAGAUAGGUCGCGGGAGAUGAAGGAGAUCGAUCUUUUGCACCUAUCUCCAGAAAGUGAUGUAGACGUGCUUGUGAACCAGAUCGUGUUCGAGGAACCGCUGAUUUCGGAGAACCGCAAGCCGCAGCUGCGGAGGCUGGUCCACAAGCUGAUCGAGAAGCUGGAAACUAACGAGUGCGACGAUUUCUACCUCUUCAAGAUACUUCGGGCUCACAUUCUGCCUUUGACGAACUGCGCCUUCAACAAGUCUGGAGACAAGUUCAUCACGGGAUCGUACGACCGCACGUGUAAGACUGAAGCCCAUGCGCAUGAACAGGUGUGGAACACCACCACCGGGGACGAGUUGCUGACGCUGGACGGGCACCGCAACGUCGUGUACGCGAUCGCCUUCAACAACCCCUGGGGGGACAAGAUCAUCACGGGAUCAUUCGACAAGACCUGCAAGCUGUGGAACGCUGAGACGGGUAACCUUUACCACACCUACCGAGGACAUUCUACGGAGAUCGUGUGCCUGUCGUUCGACCCGCACGGGACCAAGAUCGCCACGGGCUCGAUGGACAACACGGCCAGGGUUUUCGACGUGGAAUCGGGAGAGUGCCUGCACACGCUCCUGGGGCACACGGCGGAGAUUGUGUCUCUCAACUUCGACACCAACGGGCAGAGGGUCAUGACCGGCUCAUUCGAUCACACCGUGAAACUAUGGGAUGUUAGGACCGGGAGAUGCACGCACACAUUGGCGGGCCACCACGGAGAAAUCUCCAGCACCCAGUUUAGCUACUCCUCUGAUCUUUGUAUCAGCGGCUCUAUCGACCGCACGUGCAAGGUGUGGGACGUCGCCUCGGGACAGUGUGUCCACACGCUCCGCGGGCAUAACGACGAGAUCUUGGACGUGAGCUUUAACGCCACGGGGUCGAGGUUGGUGACGGCGAGCGCCGACGGCACCUCGAGGGUGUUCAACACCAUGAACGGGGCGUGCCAGGCCAUCCUCAUCGGCCACGAGGGGGAGAUAUCGAAGACUUGCUUCAACCCCCAGGGGACUCGCAUUCUCACGGCGAGCAGCGACAAGGUGGCUCGCCUGUGGGACGCCGACACGGGCGACUGCCUGCAGAUCCUGGAAGGGCACACGGACGAGAUAUUCUCCUGCGCCUUCAACUACGAGGGAGACACCAUAAUUACAGGCUCUAAGGACAACACUUGCCGUUUGUGGCGGUGCUGA